GAAAGGGGGACGAGGCCAAAACCUUUCCAGAAGAGGCAUGCCUCUUCGAAAUACAUGAAUAAAAUAAAUAGAAACAUAUACUGGAAGAAAAAGCAAGUGAAAAAAUUGGGGGGACUAUACCUUACCCAAUUUUAAAAAAUAAGGGCAAAACAAAAAAGGAAGCCAAAUUAAGCCAAAUUAGGAAACCCUAAUGCUAGGGAGACCAACAACGUCUAAAUGGAUAGCCCCUCUGACCCGAUUAGGCAACUGAGCAACCUGAUAAUAGAUGAGAGGAAAUCUAGCUCCAAUAGCGAUCUGAGCAAGACGAUGAGCAACCUCGUUAGCUUUCUUGUAACAAUGGCCGAAUGUGAUCGAAAACUGAUGAGCUGCAUCUCUGAGAGGCUGAACGAGAUGCCUAUAGCUAUCGCUAACUAAAGGGCGUCGGGGAAGAGAAAUAGCCGCGAGGGAGUCGGACUCAACUUCUACACCAAAAAAGCCAGCUUCUACAAUCCAAUGAUAUACCAAAAUAUAACACAAAUUAUCUAAAAAGAAGAAAUAACAAUAUUUAUAUAAACACAUACAUUUAGGUACAUUUAGGGUCAUGUAUUUUUAGGUUCUCAAAAUCAAGUACAUAUUCCGUAAUAUUCCGUACUAUUUGGGUUCGGGAUGAAAAUAUAUGGAACCAUUAAAUACAUGGUUUCUGUAAGCCGCCGGUUGAGUAUCGAGCGUGUAGCUUCCCUGUUGCCUCUGUGGGCUCGCAGGAACCAGCGAAUUAUCACAGGAAUCGUCUCUGCCGACAUUUGCAGACUACAAAGGCCGUACUUCUUCUCCUAGCUACAUCUUGUCUCGGCGUAUCCCGGCCUUCGAACCUCGUAUCCGAUCAACCCUCCACGUGAUCUGAUAUGGCGGAUCCUGAAUUAGAAGCACUCCGGCAAAGGAGAAUGCAGGAGCUGAUGGCUCAAAGCGGAGCUGGAAACCUUCAAAACCGAGAUCAACAAAAGACACAAGAUGAAAAUAAAAGAGAGGAGGCCGAGGAGCAAAGGCAAAUGAUGCUCAGUCAGAUUAUGACUUCAGAAGCAAGGGGAAGAGUUGCCCGAAUUGCGCUAGUGAAGCCCGAAAAGGCCAGAGGAAUUGAAGAUCUAAUACUCAGAGCUGCUCAAGUUGGUCAGAUUAAGGAGAAGGUGUCUGAAGAAAGGCUCAUACAGUUGCUGGAGCAGAUUAACACUCAAGGCACUAGACAAACGAAAGUAACAAUCCAAAGGCGUAGGAGCGUUCUUGAGGAUGAUGAUUAGUUCCAAGCGCCCUGUUUCAGUAUUUGAUUAUUGUAGUAAUUUAGCCUAUGCUUAAUCAUCUAUGGCUUACCUUUGUGCUUGGUCUGUCACUGUGUUCGCGUAGUGUUAGCCUAUACAAAACUCAUCUUACUACGAGUUUUGUAUUUGGAUCUUUUGGUUGUUUGAAAUCUGAAGAUAUUGUCAGAAACAAUGAUUAAAAUAAAAAAAUAGACUGAAACCAUGCUCUUAUUAUAG